GCAGAACAGCAAGUACCAUGGUUUGGCUUUGAGAAAGCUUGUACAUUUGUGAGCCAGAGUGGGAAAAAUGUUGUUGUACAAUGCAAUUACUGCCUUCCAAGGAUCAAAAAUCUGAGAUCAGCUGUUUCCUCCUCAUCCAAUGUGAAGAAACAUUUUGAGAGGGCACACCCUGAGAAGCUGAGAGCAAUUGAAGAAGCAAUAAAGGCAAGGAAACGUGGCCUUCUUGAACCAAUGCAUGACACCCCUCCUCCCAAAAUGCUGAAGCAGCAGCAGACAACCCUUGAGAGGUGGGGAUCUGCCAGGGAGCCUGUCACCCAGAGCAAUCUCGACAGGAGAAUUAUUGAUUUCAUUGCAGAGGAGACAUUACCACUUCAGACUGUGGACAAACCAUCAUUCAUUAAUCUGGUUCGCAUUGGACUCCCCAAAGAUCUCACCAUCAUAUGUGCCAAGACUCUGAGAGACAGAAUUGAGAAGAGAGCAUGCCACAUGAGAGAAACUCUUGCAAACCGAAUGGGUGCUGUGGCAUAUAUAGCAACCACUGCAGAUUGUUGGACCAAUGGCAAGAAGAGUUACUUUGGGGUAACAGCCCACUGGAUCAACCCAACUACCCUGAAACGUGAGGUCAGGGCCUUGGCUUGUAAGCGUCUGAAGGGGCGCCAUACAUAUGAUGUCCUUUCAAAAGCACUGCAUGAUGUACAUGUGCAGUACAGGAUCCACAACAAAGUUAUGUGCACUACUACAGACAAUGGCUCCAACUUUGUGAAAGCGUUCAGAGUUUUCAUGGCCAAAGAACCAGUGGAAGCUGCAGGCACCAGUGACGAUGAUGGUGAUAACCAGGAGGAGGAGGAGGCUGAGGUGGAGUUUGUGCCUAUCUGUGAGAUCCUGGACACAGGACCUGAGGCAGAGGAAGAAGCUGCAGACUCAGGAGAGGAUUUUGUUUUACCACCACACCAGAGAUGUGCUAGCCACACCCUCAACCUUGUGGCAACACAAGACAUAGAGGCCAUGCUUUCUGAUUCCUCCAAAAGUAGUCUUCUUGGUCCUUUCAAGAAACAGUUUCGUUCCUUGAUGGGAAAGUGCAGCAAGUUGUGGUCCAAGCAGAACCAGUCAGCCCAGAUUUCUGAGUAUAUCCAUGCGCAAUGUGGUGUGUAUCUGAAGGUACCGAAUAAGACCAGGUGGAAUUCCACCUUUGAUGCGUUGAAGCAACUACAUGAGCUCCUGUCAACUGUGCCACUAAAAAUGCAUGCCAUAAUGGACCGCUGCUCCUUGUCCAGGAUCACAGCUGCUGAGAUUGAAGUGGUACAGGAAUACACAGAGAUUAUGGAGCCACUAGCCCAGUCCCUAGAUAUCCUGCAACGGAAGAACAGCAUGUUCAUGGGGUAUUUGCUACCAACGCUCUGCAAUCUGGACCACAAGUUAGAAGGACUGGAAAACAAACCUGAGAGGUACACAUACUGUUUUCAGCUGCUGAGAGGUGUGCGCGAAGCCCUAAGAAAGCGGUUUGCAGCUAUCUGGGAGGACAAGAGGCUUCUUCUGGCAGCCUGCCUACACCCUCGCUUCAAACUAGAUUGGCUGGAAUCGUGUCAGGCCACCACCCAUACCAACAAGUAA